ACGCAGGCUGAAUCUUCAAGAGGACACUACGUCGUCAAUUUGGAAUGUGGAUCAGUUUUCCCUACCGUACGGAGACAAUCUGUAUGGAGCACAUCCUCACUUCGUGGAGAUACGGAAUGGAAAGGCCCAUGGUGUGCUAUUGCGCAACUCAAACGGCCAAGAUUGGCGCUUAACAAAGUCUGGACUGAACGUGGUGACGAUCGGCGGUAUCAUCGAUUUGUUUGUGUUUGCCGGCCCAAGUGUGGAUGAGGCCAGUCGACAAUACCAAGCAUUGGUGGGUACGCCGUGGAUGCCCCCGUACUGGUCUCUGGGUUGGCAACAGUGCAGAUACGGUUUCAAAGAUCUAUCCGAGAUUAAGAAUGUUUACAACGAGUAUAUGCGCCAGGCAAUUCCUCUGGAAGUAAUUUACACAGACAUCGACUAUAUGCAUCGCUGGCGUAAUUUCACGAACGACCCAAUUAAUUUCGAGCUGGAAGACUUGCGAGAAUUUGUCAAAACCGUUCACGAAGACGACAGGCGAAUCAAUAUCAUCGUGGAUCCCUGCAUUGGGGAAGCGAAAACCGGCGAGUACAAGGCAUACGAUAACGGCCUCGAGCAGGAUGUCUUCAUCAAAAAUGUGGGCGGAGAAGUUUACAGAUCACGCCAGUGGGCGGGCGAUGUGGCCAUUCUCGACCCGACAGCUAAGAACAUUAAACAAUAUUUCACGGAUGAAUUGGUCCAGUGGUGGUCGGAAACUGGCAUACAAUUCGAUGGAAUCUGGCUGGACAUGAAUGAAUUUGCUAGUUUUGUGGAUGGUGAGGUAAAUACCACCAUGCCUAGUGACUGGUUCGAAAAUCAUACGGUGCUCUGGAAGUACCCAGCCUGGGUCGAAGAUGACACAAAACGAGCUAAAAUCAAUGCCAUGACCGCCCAAGAGGUUCUAGACACGGAUUUCGAAAAGGAAUACCGAUUGACCAACGGCGGAAACAGAGAGUACGAGGAUCCGUUGAAUAAUCCACCGUACCAUGUCCACAAUUGUGUGGCGGGGAUCGAUUCCUUCUCAAACGUACAACACGAAGACACUGGCUUCGGAAUCUCCGAACUUAUUUGGGGGAAACCAGAGAAGCCCAAACCUUUAACGCACAAGACAUUUGAUAUGACGGCUAGGUUUGCCAAUGGAGCCCAACAAUACAACAUGCACAAUCUAUAUGGGAUCGGCAUGGCUAGAGUUGUCCGUGCCGCCGCGGAGGCUCUACCACGGGAAGGUAGGCCGUUCAUGCUGACACGGUCAACGUUCUCUGGCUCGGGCUCGUUCUGUGGAACAUGGAACGGUGAUAAUGUUGGCAACUGGGAGCAGUAUAGGAGUGGGGUACACGCUGUGAUCAAAGCUCAGGU